AUGGCGGAAGCAUCUGAGCUGAAGGAUGAGCUGACCGUGCUUGGUCAGCACAUGCAUAGGUUUUUCGUAGCAGACCGGAGACCAUGGGCAGAGUUUUUCGGGCCGGUUGAGCAGCCAAAAUGGACCCAGGCAGAAGUAAAGAAGAGAGUGAACGCGAACCUUUCCUUCUUCGCGACCAACUACCUGAUGAUCUGGGCCACGAUCGCGGCGGUGUACAUCCUGCGAUCGCCGGGGCUCCUGCUGACCCUGCUGGCGUCACUGUGCAUGUUCCUGUACGUUUUUAUGAGCCGUCGCAAGAAACUUGUGGUGCUGGACGUGACGCUGGGCACGAGGGAAAAGACCAUUGCGGCCGCCGUAGCGUCGAUGCUCCUCCUGUCGGUCACGGGCUACAUCUUCUCGCUGCAGUUCUCUGGCAUCUUGGGGUGCGCCGUGUGCCUCUUGCACGCCACCUUCCGCCCGCCGGUGGCGCGAGCCGUCCGCAACACCCGGGGCGGCGGCCCGCCGGAGCUCCACGGGGGGGACGGCGACUUGGAGGGCGGGGGGGGUAUCGGAAGGGGGCGACCGGGGCCGGUGAACGCGAACAUGCGACUUCGGACAAGGCCUAUGCCGGGAGCGGGGAUGGCAACGACCCCGCCCCCGGGUGGCGGGGGGGGGUUCCGUGAAAGCGCACCGCCGAUGGUGGACCCGUCAAACGCUGGGAGGCACUCUCACGCGACCUGAAAAAAUGCUUUUGGCAUCAGCGAGCACGGGGGGCGGGCAUGCUACAUAGUAGCGCAUCAGAACUGGAGGCUUCACUAUCUGCAUAGAUAGAGGCAUUGGGCCUGAACGAGUGUUGAAGCUCGACUGAGAGCGAGCUGCUGCGCUGGGACGAGGCAGACGCCGCUCGAGGUAUACUGUAUAAGGAUUCGCGGUGUGCUCUUCGGGCCCCCUAUAACACGGGAAGAGUUUUUUGAGACGCAACUUGCGCUGGUGCUGCACGCUUGAAGGAGCCAGUGUGUGCUGAUAGACAGGGAAGUUGAACCCCCCGUUCAACACCGCAAUAUCUGGAUGAAAGGAGAGACACAGGAGAGCACCCUCGCAGGCGGUGGUCGGGAACCAAGGAAACGUGAUGCUGUGGACCGCGCGUGUGAGAGGGGUCAUGGCGCUUCUUGGAAGGGUAAGGAUUCUCCACCACCGGCCGCUUCGACUUACUGUGUGCUACGCUGGCUGGGAUGAAGGCGACUGGGUGCAGCAGGCAGCUGAGAGGCGUUUUGCGGGAUUGGGCUUUUGGCGGCGCCAUGGAACCAGUACAUGUCUAACCCUCAGGUUCUGCAGUUGAUGGUUACACGUGCGUUUGGGAGACAACGCUUAGCUUUCAUGGGCAUGAAAAUGGCCGAGUGCCGCGAACGUUGUUGGUUUGUGUACAGCCGUGCAAUAGGGGAGGGAUGCACCAGUACAAUUUGGACCGUUCACCGCGUGUAAUCGUGGGCGCAUGGAGCUUUCGGACAAGAUCUGAUCCACAGGGUGAGGUUUGCGCAUCUCUAUAACGUAACCUAACCCUAAGAGUAUGUUGAGUUUGGGUUCUCAGCCGAAAGAGCGUGUGUGUGUGUUGCUGUGAUAGCUGGAACUUGACCGUAUUUGCACGCUUCACAACACCACGUGUGUCCGUAGUUUCCGUCAUACUGUCGACGUUUCUCGAG